CGUGGGAACUUUAUAAAGUGCCUGGCACCGCAGCACGGCCCAGAUCACAAACGUGACCGCUGGGCUGCGCUGCGAGGCCAACGCGCAUGGCAUGAAGGCCGCCAAGGCAACGCUGCGAGUCUCCCGUGCUGCUCCCAAGCCGCGACCGUCGGCGGCCGCCGUCGUGCCCGCCAACAUCACCGUAGGGUGCCGUGUGGCGGUUCGAGUCGUUGAAGGGGAGGACCCACUCCCAGGCGUUGUGCUCUUCAUCGGGGAAACCAAAUUCGCCGAAGGCCCCUGGCUUGGCAUCGAACUGGACGAGCCCAAGGGCAAGAACAAUGGCAAGGUGCAGGACGUGGUGUACUUCACUUGCCGUCCGAAUCACGGCAUCUUCGUGCGGGCUGCAAAGGUGUUGAAGCUCGAAGAGCAGCCGAAGAGUAACGCUCAGGAGGCUUCCCCUGCGAACGCAGACGCAUCUCAGUUUGCCGUGGGCGCGCGGGUUUUGGUGAGGACUCUGGAGAACGUCCAGGGCACGGUGCGCUUCAACGGCAGCACCCAAUUCGCAGAGGGCGAAUGGCUGGGAGUGGAGCUGGACCAGCCGCAGGGCAAGAACGACGGGACAGUUCGCGGGGUGGCAUACUUCUCUUGCCCUCCCUUGCACGGGCUUUUUGCGCGGCCUGGAAAUUUGGUGCUUGACCAAUCUGCAGCCUCGUCCACGUCUCCAACAACUACACCGCAGAGUGCGGCAGAGACUUUGCAGGAGGCCCAAGAUCCCGGAUUUCCAGGCGAAAGCACACGCGAAGCGAGCAAGGCAGAACCGCUGACCGUGAAGGUGCCCCAGGAUGUUCUGCCACAGAUAUCGAAAGAGCUGAAGGAGCAGUUCCUGAGCGAAGUCCAGCAGUUCGAGGAGUGGCGCACGGCGCCGCGCUGCUUGGGCAACCGGGAGCUGACUGGUUGGGGCGCUUUCUUGAAGGAGCAGCGUGCGCUGCCGCGGGAGGGCGAGGUGUCGCUGCGCCAAGUGGCGGAGGCGGCCGCGGAGCGCUGGCGAGAGCUCGGCGCGGAGGAGAAGGAGCGCUAUCGGCUCCAGGCGGAGACAGCCGUGCGCCGUGGGGCAACGUAUCGGCCCAAGGCCAUGGCGGGAGGCGCCUUCGCUUCGGCGGUGUACGGGCUGGAGACCAAGCUCAAGGCCAAGACCCGGGACGAGCCAGAGGAGGCCCAGGACUUGGACAAGAAGGAGCGGAAGAAGGCGGAGAAGAAGCGCUCGCCCGAGGCCACCGCCUCCUUGGCCCAGCUCCGCGAAGAGCGCUGGGCCUCCCAGGGCCCCGACUCCACGGUGCCGGUCUUCUUGUGGGAACUCGAGGAGCACAAGGUGGACAAAGCUUUGUCUGGGGAUCUGCACUUGCCGAGCCCCGAGACGGACAAGGUGGGACACCUGGACCCGGACAUCACCAGGUUUACCCGCAUGAAGACCAUGAAGGGCCUGGAAGUGCUUCUGCUGAGCUUUAACGAGGCGACGCAGGCUUGCAAAGUUGUGUACCCCAGCCGGGACGAGAACCGAGUGGGUUGGGUCAGCCUCCUGGAGCUGCGGUUCUUGGCCCCGGUGGAAGACUUCGAGCCCUUGGCGGUGGAGCUGGAGGACGAGGACUUCUUCCCCCCAGAGGUGGGGGACCUGCACCGCGUGCACCGCGCGGGUGGAAAGGACCAGUACGCGGUCAAGGAGGUAUGGGAAGACGAGGAUACAGGCUUCUAUCAUUGGACCUACGGGGAUAAGCUGAUCGACUCCCAAGCCCAUGCCACUUGCUGCAGCGCUCACGGCAAGUUCCUGAUACCCUUCCGAAGACUUCCAAAGGUCGACAUAGAGCAAAUGAAGCGCGACGAGGUUGCGAAGCGGGAGACCCGGAAAAGCCGCAAGACGCCGGAGAGUUGGAGUGACCUGCCGCUUCUUUGGCGGAUGAUGCAAGCGGGAAAGGCUCACCUGGAGGUGGCGAAUCCUGGUGCUGCCAUCUCGGAGCUUGCCGCCCUCACCGGAAAGAAGCGCGGGGGCAAGCGCAACGCCGUGGCGGCCCUGCCGAACGCCGUCCGGAAGAGGCGGCAGCAAGUCGAAGUGAAAUGCACGGCGGAAGCCUUUCUUUGCCAGCCUGGAUCGCGAUUUGGGCUGCUGAGCCAGAACGCCCUGGGCCUGUCUUGCAUCAUGAGGUGCGUCACCGCCGUGGAGCUGCUCACAGAUGGCUCUGGCAAGGUUAAGGUGAAGACAGACAACUGCGAGGAGGAGUCCACCAUUGACCCUACCCCGAGUCAGGCCAUGAAAUUCCCACAGUUGGAGUACGAAGGUGGCACCGAGCUCACCGUUCUCUUGGCAGAUGGCCGACUGGUCAAUGGGACAGUGACCCGGAACGAGCGAUGGAACCGCUAUGCGAUCACCGCCCAAGGAGAGGAGGAGCUUGUGGACUUAAAUGAGGCCAACCAUGUCAAAGGCCACAUGGCGAACUUUGACGUGGAGUUGUACCGGGAGUACUGCACCGCCCAAAGGGAUCGCUACCGCUUCCUUGAGGACAGUAUCACCUGCCAAAAGAUGGAUGUGGAGACACAGGUCAUUUAUAUCGAUACCGCCGUGGAGAACGCCAAAGUUUCUACCCCUGACAUCAAGAGCCUGGCAACGAUGCUGCUGGACAGUGAUGGCGAGCGUUACCUGGGGCAGCAGCUUGCGUACAGGUGCCUCAUGGUGGCAGGCCCGGGGACAGGCAAGACCUGGUCCUCCUGCCAGCUCAUGUACCACUUGAGCAAGGCUUGCACCGCGAAUGCGGACACCCGCGGCCUCGUGAAGAUGCCAGUGCUGCUCUUUGUGCAGAAGAUGGCAGGCAUGAUGCGCACGGAGGGCGUCACUGACAAGGCGUACGCUGAAAUGAGCUUGGCAGCCAAGGAUGACGUGCUCAACAAGCCGUGGCUGGAAGAAGCCUUCAAGACCGAGUACAACGCCAAGUACGGGGAGGCUUUGAUGAGAGCCUUGCGCUUGCGUGCUGCCGUGGUCAUCCUGGAUGGCAUUGAUGAGGCUUCCGAUGUGAAGGGCGUGAUGCAGGACUACAUUCUGCGGCGGCUGGUGCCUAUGCAGAUCUGCUUGGUGGUCACCUCGCGCCCGGAGGGCGUUUCCGCAGCUUUGAAGUCGCUGAGGAAGAGCUUCGCGGUGAUGUCCUUGAAACCCCUCUCGGACGAGCAGCAGAAGCAGAUCAUCUUGAACCAGGUCCAGAAGGAAGGCAACGAGUUCUUCGAGAAGCUCCUGAAAUUCGCAGAGAUCCGGGCCAAGCACGACAACAUCUACUACAACCAGGCCUUCUCCAAUCCUGAAGACCGUCGCUUCAUGGAGAAGAAGUUGCCCGCCACCAAUCGCUUCAAGCGGGAGGACGGAUCCUGGGACCGGAAGAAGCUCCAGCACACGCUGAGUGGGGAAGUGAUCCAACCAGCAGGCGACCAGCUGACCGCGAAGUACUUGCAGAAUGCGUCCGCAUACUUCACAGAGGAGUUGUUUGGUGAGAUGGAUCGCAUGCUGGCAGACCAGCAGCCCACCGCAGAGUUGGGCAAGUUGGUGAAGGAGAAGUUCCCAGGCACCGAGGCCUUCCCCUCGGGCCCGUCCUUGGCGCAGAAGCUUUACGAGCUCGCUGAGAAGAAGAAAGACACGCACCAGAGCCUUUGGUCCAAGGUGGUGUCUGCUACAGACCAGCUGCUGGCGGUAGCAGAGCACUUUAAGCCGCUUUUUGAGAAGACAGUGGACGCCUUGUGCAUCAACGUGAAGAAACAGCUGCAGCGGGACAAGGAGAAGAUGGAGAAGAAGCCGCCCGCAGAGGAGCUGCAACUGCCGACUGUGGCCUGUGAGAGUGCGGAGCAGGAGGGGCAGAAGGAUCAGAAGGAGCAGGGGGAGCAGAAGGAGCAGGGGGAGCAGAAGGAGCAGGGGGAGCAGAAGGAGCAGGGGGAGCAGAAGGAGCCGGAGGAAGAAUCGGAUGAAUAUGAGCUGAUCAUCGGUCCGUUGAAGGAUCCUGUCCGAAUUCACGAGAAGGCAGCAGAUGACUAUGCCGACCGAUUCCCUGAACUCCUUCCAGAAGCCAACGUGGUGGAUGUUAUCCGUGCACGCCUGGUGUGCAGCAGCGGGACACAGAUGAAGACCUUCCUGGAGAAGAUUGCGAAAGGAUUCAAAACCGAGAUCGAUGGGCAGGAGGCCAAGUUGACACUGGCGCGAUCCAAGAACAAGUUCUCGAGCAAGGAUUCGGACCCGUCCCGCUUUCGGAACGUGCUGCUCAACUUGGAGUUGACCAGCAACAAUGUCUCCCAUUUUGUGGAGCUGCAAGUCCAUCACAAGCUGAUCCUGGACUACAACGAAGUAAGCCAUGCCCAUGACUACUACGACUUCUUUCGACGAGAGUUGGCCAACCAGUACGGCAAGGAGAUGGAAACCAGCCUGAACUUCAUGCUGGAGGAACGCAUGCUGCUGUUCAAGGAAAUCUCAGAGGUGCCGGUACUGCUGUCGGUCAUGACCAUGGCUUUGCUGCACUCUCGCAACAUGCCCUCGAACCUGAACGAGCUUUACGACAUGGGCCUACGGAACAUGCUGAUGAGCCGCUUGGGGGAGGCGUCGGAGGAUGAGGACAGGACUUGGCAUAUCAUGAAGCUCAUCGCAUUGCAGAACCACUUCAACAGCAAGCGCAUCUUCACUGCCAAGGACGUGGAAGAGGCCCUGCGUGCAGAGCCUGAGCUGCUGCCUUUGUUUCGUCGCUUCGUGGAUGACGCAGACGUUCCAUUCGUCAAGAUCCUGGCGGACGGCGAGGAUGCCGAGUUUCAGUUCAGGCACUUGAGCUUCCAAGAGGCGCUGGUCGCCAAAGUCUUGGGCGAGAACGACGCAAGAGCAGCGGAGGCAGCUCAAAUGCUGAAGCAGCAACAUGGGAGUUUCGCGGAGUUCUUGAACAACCCCUUCAUGAGAAACAUGCUGCGCAUUGGAGCAGGGCAAGUGGGCGAUGCAUUUGGGAAGUAUUGGGCAUUGACAUCACCACUGACAGAUGAUGGCGUGGCAGGCCUGUGGAAUCUGCUGCUUGGAGCUCGGAAGCUGAUCCUGGUGAGCUUCCUUCAUGGACACAACGAGGACAAGUUUCCGCCAAAGUGCGACGACUGGUAUCAAUCCCUCUUCACCUUCUCGAAGCCGCAGGGGAAGGGCACGGUGAUGUACUCCCUGUCCAAAGUCAACAGCCAGGUGAAGAAUCUGCAGAGCGCGCUGGUGACCUAUGAAGCUUGCCACAUCCUCUUCCGGGGUGGGAUCGACACUUCCGCCUUCGAGGCGCCGUCCACCUCCUUCCCAGCCCUUUGGAGCGGCAAAUGCCAAGCCCUGGACAUCUCCAAAGCGCCGACCCGCGUGGUGCAGCAGCUGGCCUUCAACUGGAAGAACUGCUUGGUGCACUUCCAGGAGACGGAGCGGGACUUUUUGGAGGCUCCGAAGUUGAAGUGGGAGAUCGCCCACCGGGUGCCCGAGUUACAUCGGCUCUCAGGGCCGCGCUGGGUUUUUGUGUCCAAAAACCCGCAGGAGCCUUUCAGCUUCAACCCCUGUGAGUGUGUGCAAGUGUUCCCCGUCUACCUGGCGGGAUCCUGCUGCAGCUUCAUCCAGAGUCCUCCCUUCAUGAAGCACGUGAAGCCGCCAAACGAGGGAGUUGCUGAUGCGCUUUGCCUAGAGAAGAAGACAGCGCCGGCUGAGUCGGUAUACCAGGCCUCCUUCAAGCCGGGCUUCGAAGAUCUCUUCGCAGUCUCCGAAGUGGUCGCUGGGAAACGCCUCCAAUUGGCGCCAGAUCCGAGAACUGCCGAGCACUACGCACGGGUCUUUAAGGCGUUCCGAGGAUCGCAGGCGCGGCAGCACGUGGUGCUGCGCUUCGCCAGUCGGAUGGCUGCUUUCCGGACCUGGCGGGAGGCUUGCAAGAAGGCCGAGACCGAGACCGUGGCCGACGGAGCCGGGGAGGCCGCCGAAGCCGAAGCCGUGGUACCUGAAGCGCCUGAAGCCGCGCCGAUGCCGAUGGAAGCGGAGGUGACAGGAGACGACAACGAAGCUAGCGAGGCGAUGCCUGCUGAUGAAGAACCAGUGCGCGAGGCCAAGCAUUACGAAGACACCGGCGGCAACGCCGAAGUCUUCCGGCCGCGGAACGCUGCGAAGGGCCUGACGUGGCUGAAGUGCAUGUGGUCGCGCGCCUGGAAUGCCCAAGGCGAGCGGCUCAGCGACUUCCAGCACGCCCUGCAGGAGAUGCCGCCACCGGUGCUGGAGGAAGUGGCCCCGCGGAGUCUCCGGCGCUGGCUGCUGCGAGGCGGCAAGUGGGACUUCAGCUUGAAGCCCUGGCCCCAGCUGGACACCCACGUGGUCGCCAGCGAUGCGGUGCUGCCGAAAGCCAAGGAAGCCAAGGAAGCCAAGAAGCCCAAGGCCAAGGCCAAGGCAAAGACCAAGAAGGAUAAGGAGGCAGAAGAUAAAAAGGCCGCGUCCAGCUGGGAGGCGACCCUUGCAGGAGCCAGGGGCAUCGAGAAUCCCUUAGCGGGCAAAGAGCAGCAAUGGAGCACCGACUUCACUGCGAUUGUGCCGCUGGACGCUGACGUGAUCAAGCACGAUUGCAUCCUGGAGUCCCAGGCUCCUGACAUCCGAUGCUUGAGGGGCCACAAGCUUUUGCGGAAAGUGGUGGACGACGACGGAUCCGACGACUCUGACGACGAGGGAGCACAGUGCUCGAGGUGCUACCAACCAAUAAAGGCGAAGGAUUCCUAUUACAUUUGCGAGCCGAUGGCAGACGAGACCAAAGACACUUUCUGCGACGAGCGGGUGAUGUGCUCCAAGUGCCAUGCCAACGCGCAGAAGGCGUAUUGGAAGGCACACACGCAAGACGCCUCUGCAGAAAGCCGACAGAAGGACAUGCGUGCUGCCCUUAUGGGCUUUGCAAAUCACGAAGAAUUGAGAAAGGUUGUCAGCACGACAAGGCAAAUGGGGGGCCACUGCCCAAAGAACCACAAGCUGCAGCUUUACGAGUCGGACAGCGUGACCUGCGAUAAGUGCGGCAUCGCGAAUGAUGGAGAAGGGAUAUUCUACGGGUGCAAAUUCCAUGCUCGGGAAUGCAACUACGACCAGUGCGAGAAAUGCUUUAAAGAGGGGCGAGAGGCUG